UCCCGUCCCGUCCCGACCCGCCGCGGCGCUUCCCGCCACCCGUCUCUCCGAGGAAAGGACGCCCGUGGGGCUCGCCGUCCGCCCGCCAGGAUGUCGUACAUGCUGCCGCACUUGCACAACGGGUGGCAGGUGGACCAGGCCAUCCUGUCGGAGGAGGACCGCGUCGUGGUCAUCCGCUUCGGGCACGACUGGGACCCGACGUGCAUGAAGAUGGACGAGGUCCUGUACAGCAUCGCCGAGAAGGUUAAAAACUUUGCUGUUAUUUAUCUUGUGGAUAUCACUGAAGUACCAGACUUCAACAAGAUGUACGAGUUGUACGAUCCCUGUACUGUCAUGUUUUUCUUCAGGAACAAACACAUCAUGAUUGAUUUAGGUACAGGUAAUAACAACAAGAUCAACUGGGCAAUGGAAGAUAAGCAAGAGAUGAUUGACAUUAUAGAAACUGUUUACAGAGGAGCCCGCAAAGGUCGAGGUUUGGUGGUAUCGCCAAAAGAUUAUUCCACUAAAUACAGAUACUGACAUUUCUUUGGGCUGCCUUUUCUCUCAGUUCUACAUCCACUUAAAUUUAUUAUUGUGUAUGUGUGUACAUAUAUGUAUAUUAAAAGAAAAAAAACCUUAAAAA